AAAAAAUGAGAAUAAAUUGCUUGAAUUUUAGCAAAAAAGGAUGAAAAUGGAGGACCCUACUUUUACUUGCUAGCUCUUGGACUGACUUCACUACUCACCGUACUUCCCAAGGUAAGAAAAAGAUUUAGCAAACCUAUCAUUAUGAAUCUUCGAUUCUUUUUCCUCAAUUUCUCAAGGAUUAUUGUACCCUUCUCUUGAAAGAAAUGAUCUGAUUAGUUUGAGACUUUUCACUGAAUGAAUAAAUAAGUAUGCUAGAUUCUGUUAACGGAGAUCAAUUACCCAGGAAAAUCACUACCAUGGAAGAAUCAAAUGAAAUGACGAUUGAAUUUCUCAGAGCAAGGUUGUUGUCUGAAAGAUCUGUCUCGAAAUCAGCUAAACAAAGAGCUGAUGAACUGGCCAAGAGGGUAACAGAACUCGAGGAGCAACUCAAAUUUGUAUCUCUUCAGAGAAAGAAAGCUGAAAAGGCAACUGAGGAUGUUCUUGCAAUCUUGGAAAAUCAUGGAAUAAGUGACAUGUCUGAAAAUUUCGAUUCUUGUUCCGAACAGGAGGAAAAUCUGCAUGACUUUGAGCUCCGUAAUGGCUCUCCAAUGACGAAAUUGACCUCAACCGAUACAAAACCAAGAAAAGUUGAAAAUGAGGCAUCUUCAGGCUCUGAAAUUGAGUCUUCCCCUUCAACGGGUAGGAGCUUGUCCUGGAGAAGUACUAAAGAUUCUCAGAAUUAUCUUGAAAAGAAGAAGUACAUAGACUCGGUCAGAAGAAGGGCUAGUUUUCCGUCAAAUAGUCAGUCUGCUAGAAGGGUUGGAAAAUCUUGUCGCAGAAUAAGGCACAGAGAAACAAGAUUAACACAAGAAUCACAAAAUAAUUGCACCGAGAAGUCUGAAUGCUCUGUCGAUGCUUCCGAUGGAUCGAACAGUGAGCUUGUUGUGUUAAGAGAAAGUCCCGAGUAUGAAAACAAGAAAAUUCCAUCGAAGAGCACCAAAUCGGAAAUGGAAAGUGCACUGCAACAUCAAGCUCAACUCAUUGGGCGAUAUGAAGAGGAAGAGAGAGCUCAGAUAAAGUGGGAGGAGAAGUUCAGAGAGAAUAACUCUGGCACACAGGAUUCAGGUGAUCUCGGGACCCAUUCGGAUGUGACCGAGGAAAGGUUCGAGAUGAAGUCUCCCGAGCCACCAUCAAAGCCAGACUCAGUUACCAAAGAGCCUCCAAUUAAGCCCUCUGAAUCCUCAGCUUCAGAAUUUUCAUUCCCAGCAUCGAAAGAGAAAAUUGAUAAGAGGGAUUUCCCAAGCAAAAAGCCCGAGGCACCCGAACAUAGACUCCCACAACAUCCUAACAGAAUCUCUCCACAGCUCGAGCUUGCAGUUUUGCCUCAAGGAGAUCCGUCGAAUAGUUUAAGCUCCGUCUUAGAAGCACUCGAGAAAGCAAAAUUGUCCCUGAAUGAGAAGCUCAAUAGCAACUCAGCUGCACCAUCACCAGAGAAAACUCCCUACCCUAUGAUUGGUCACAAAUUUGAUAAAAGCUUCCAAAUUCCAUUUCGAACCCCCGAACUUUUCAGAUUGCCGACUGAUUAUCAAUUUGAACCUAGUGCCCGGCCAAGCUUUUCUAACUAUCUUCCAAAUAAUUCAUUUUUUGAUUCUAAGAGUGCCUUUUACAAUGACCUAUUUCUCACCACCCCAUAUAGACCUUUUAGUCAAGAGAUGAACCGGCCAGGUCAAAGUGAAGGUCAACAAAUAUCAUUGUCUAAUAGAACGAUCAAUCAUGAUCUCUAUACGGACCCUUCUUAUCCAUUUGUCCCGGAUUUCAUGCUACGUGUACCGAUGAUCGAGGAGGGGAUUUCAAGAGCAUUUCCGAGUAGCCCUUCAGAGAGUGGGUUUAUGCGCAUAUCGUCUUAUGAUCAAGAUUUUAGGCCGAAUAUGUACAGUUAGUUUGUUUUUACUAUGAUGACUGCUCCCAUUUUUGAAGGUAUGGUUUAUCUUGAUUUAUAUUUUUUAGCUCAACAUUUAUCUUGAUAUAUUUAGGCUGUUUAAUUAUUUUAGGAUUGAGAACAUCUUUUUUGUUUGUUUGUUUGUAUUUGUUUGUAUGAAGAGUACAUAUGUUCGUUAUGAGCAUGAAAGCAGUGAAAGACUUAUUUGUAUGGUAAUACCUGUAACAAGUUACUCUAGUAGUUGUCCAAUAGGACCUCGUUUACUUAAGUUGAUAAGAUAUCGUUUACUUAAGUUGAUAAGAUA